UUUCGGUGCCUGCAAAUUUGCUUUUUCCUCCUGGAGAUUACAGGGUGGCCAGCCAGCUGGCUGUUUGCAUCCCCCGACUGGCAUGGUUCCGGGCAUUCGUCUGGAGCGGUAAUUGUGCCAGGAGUAAAUUCUGCAUCUGUGGGUCGGUUCUGCACGUCUAGCCUGCUCGGCCGUCCAAAGCGGAGGCAGGGUACCAAAGCGAUCCGAGAUGCGUGUGGCUUCGCUCCGAGGCGAAUAAACUUUUCCCCUGGGGACGAGGAAGGAAGGAGCAUUGUGUAAAAAUCCGCUUUCCUCCUCGCUUCUCUCUCUUUCUCAUCAUCCCACCGAGAAGGAAGAUGUCCAACAAGGCCAAGAUACGAUGCUGGAGCUGGUUCAUUUUGGCAGCGCUGCUGUGCCAGGAGUUCUCUCGUUUCCGAGUGGCCGUGGCGAAGAAGGAGCGGAAGAAGCCCAAGGAGCCCAGCCAGUACACGGAAGCCCUCAACACGACUCUCUCGAACAGUGAAGAGCUCAAUGGGCACUCCAAGAUGCUCGAGUCCCCCGACCCGCGCAUGACCGACCCGCGCCGGACAUGGAUCUCCUUUGUGCAGCGUCCCGGCGACGGCGGCGGCUCCAAAAAGCGAUGCAAGGGGAAAGAUAAGAAAUUUCGUGGCCUCGUCGGCCCUCCAGGCCCCCCGGGCCCCCCCGGCCCUCCAGGGGCCCCUGGCGCAGAAGUCACCCAAGAAAUCUUACUGCAGGAGUUCAAGGAGAUGUUAAAAGAAGCCACCGAACGGCGCGCUCUCCCUGCUUCGGCAGCCCAGCCCAGCGAGGUGCCCCCUCUGCUCUUCCCCCUGGAGGAGCUGCCCCCCGACCGGCGGGCCGAGGAGACGCCCCCCUACAAGCGGGUGGAGGAGGCCUUCCACUGCAAGCUCAAGGGGCAGAUUGUGGUGGACAAGAAGACGCUGAUGGAGCUCCAGAACUUCCAGAUGCCCUUGGCCAAAGGAGCCUUCCUCCGAGGGUCCGGGUUAAACCUCACGACGGGGAGAUUCACCGCUUCCAUAUCUGGCAUCUACCAGUUUUCGGCCAACGUCCACAUUGACCACAGUGAGCUGAAGAGUAAACUGCAGCUUCGAGCGAGAGACACCGUUCGAGUGUUGAUCUGCAUCGAAUCUCUCUGUCAUCGAUACACGUCUCUGGAAGUGAUCACCGGCUUGGAGAGCAACAGUAAGAUCUUCACGGUUUAUGUCCACGGAUUGCUGCAGCUGCAGGCUGGACAAUACACCUCAAUAUUUGUGGACAACAGCGCUGGUGCGCCUGUCACCAUUCAGAACGGUUCGGAUUUCAUGGGGAUGUUUGUGGGAAUCUAAUCCCAGAGAAUCUGGGGGCAGGAUGGUGGGGGAAGGCGGCCAUCCGAAGACUGACCCACGUUCGGAUCUGGACAAGACCUUUGGCAGCCAGGAGCUGAAUGGCGCAAACCGGGUUUUCGGCACUCCAAGGGGAAAAAUGGAGGGGAAGGGACACUUGGGCCUCGGAAUCCAAAUCCAAGCAUCCAAGUUCAUUGCAGAAUUGUAGGACGUAUUCAGAGCCUGGGCUCUGGACUCUGCUCUGACCCCCUGAAACUGGCUCGCUCUGGGGGCAGGGGGAAGUUCCGGAGAAAAUGGGAAUCGUGGGCAUUGAAGGGUUCAGCGGUGGAACACGUGCGCCAGCAAAAAGCCCCAAGCUUAACCCCCGACUUUCUAACAAAUCCACAACACUGCGGUCAUCGGAGUUCUCCAGAUUCCUCCUCAAAGCUCCUUCCAGCUGAAGCCCAAACUGAGCUUCGUCUUUCUUUCUGCGGCAGGAAAAUGCAUCUCACAUAUUUGUGUCUGCAAAUGCCAGAAGCGACACAUCAAUCGCGCACAUCUUCGAAAUGUGCCUCUUCCUCCCUCCGUGACAUCGUCCAAAAGCACGCAUUUUUCCCACGUGUGGUUUUCAUGCGUGCUCACGUGUCAAACGCCUUUUUUGAGGGCACAAAUUGCACCCCGAGCUCCGAAAGUACCUGCGGCUGCACCAAUCUGGGCUUGCUCUGAAAGGUGAAAGCAAGAACUGCAAGGAAUUUUAAGCACACCUAAGAGCAGAAAGCACCAGAAUUUUUCCUCCAGCCAUUUCCAGUGUGUGACGUUUCGCUUCUGCCAACACCCACUUUGGUUCUGGGUUUCAAACAUGGCUUUUCCAUGCAAGAUGCUACUUUUUGUUAAUUCGUCUGGAACAGAGAGUGUGUCAGGCUGCUCUUCGGAGAUCUCCGUUCCACUCCCCGCUCAGCCAGGAGGCUCAAGGGGACGGGAACUGACCUUCAGCUCAACUGACCUCACAGGGUUGCUGCGAGCCAGUGUGGCACAGGGGUUAGAGGGUUAGAAUGAGCCCUGAGAGGCCUGGCUUGUCCCCACCUGGCCACAAAGCUCAGCUGAGUGACUUUGGACCAGUGCUCCCAGCUUUUCCUACCUUAGGGGGUUGUUGUGAGGAUCAAAUGGAGCCUGGAAGGUCCAUCUCAAGCCCCUUCGGUACCUCGAAGAGAGGAAUACUGUAGGAUAAAGAAGCAACACAAUAAAUGAGAGAGACCAGCUUGCUCCCUGGGCUCCAGAGAGGGGGUCUGUCUUAGCCCUGCCCGGAGAUGCUAGGAAUUGAACCCAGAACCCCUUUGCAAGGCGGGGACUCUGCCACGGAGCUAUGGGGCUGCUCCACGCAUCAAAUAAAGGUGCAAGUGAUACCCACAGCAAAAUUCUCCCCACAUGUUGUUGCAGAAGUGAGUUUUGCCUCUCCAUCGGUUCCUGGACUGGAAUCGCUGUGGGAGUCCCUUGUAAGCCCCGACUGGCACAAGAUUACUGAAUGAAAUGGCUGCAAAACUGCCAUUCAAGCCAGCUAAGGAAUGCUGACGGAAAGGGGCCAGAUCCCCGUCGAUUUCGGAAAAGGGAGUGCCGUUUCCCCCUCCCCACUCCCAGCCGCUGCAUCCCGGAUUCUGCUGACCUUCCGAACCCGCCUGCAAGAGAUCGGCAGCAGCCGCUUUGAACCUCGUUCACGGUGGCAGUCCGUGCAUGCGCAUUUGUAAAAAUAAUGUAAUGAUUAUUAUAACUGAAAGAAGGGUCUAUUAUUUAAAUUGUCCGCGCUUGGCCGCGAGCCGCCCGGACGAAGGCCAGUGAGCACCACGGCUGGAGUGCUUUGGACGGGUGCCGUGCCGAGCCGCUGCUUGUCAGGACGGGAGUGCCGCCCCGUGGUGUGGGGCAUGCGUGGGCAAGCGGGACGGAUGGGCCGAGCGGCGCAGGGAGCCGCAGGAGCAGCUGGCAAGGAGCGUCCGGCGUCUCGACUUUGGCGGGGCUGGAACUGAACGCCGCGGAGGUGCACGGAGUCGGAUCCAGACUUUGGUCGGGUGCCAGAGCGGUGCUCCUGGGGCGGGGAAAGCUGGCCAAAUGUCCUCCGACGGUUCCCGGGAGUUGCCCUGUGCAUUGCUAACGCAAGCGCCGGGCGGAAAGGCAGCCGUGGCUGAGAAAGUCCCACGGCCGCCGUCUCCGGGGAGGGUGGCCAUGGCCUGUGGUCGGAACAGGGAUCUGGCCGGCCGGCAAGUCGGCGGGGAGCUGUCCAGCCGAACCUGCAGCCGAUUUGGCAAGGGUUCGGAUGGGGCGCCCCCACCGAACGGCUGCACCGGCAACCGCCGGCCAGAAAUCCAGCCCAGCAAUGGCGGAACGAGGCUUCCUUCUGGAGCUUCCACGGGGCCCCGAUCCCAGGCAUGCGUUAGCGGCAGGGGUGCUCAGACUGUGACUCUUGGCUGUUCCUGGUACACCCCCCAAGGGCAAGAGGACUGCACCCACUUCGCGGCCCCCCAAUUGAGAAUGAGCGAGAGAGAGAGACAGUGUGGAGUAGUGGUGAGAGCACUGGACCGGGACCAGAGGAUCAAGGUUCUGGUCCCCGGUUGUCCAUGACGCUCCCUGAGGGACAAGGGGCCCCUUGCUGACACUCGACCUGAACUACCUCACAGGGUUGUUGUGAGGAGAAUAUGGGGGAGCGACAGAGGAUCCUGUACCUGCCCUGGGCUCCUUGGGGAGGA